AUGCCCUCGAUCCUCUCCGAACAUGACAAGGAGACCGUGAAACGCACGAUUCCGAAAUCAACAAACAAGAUCCAGGCUGUCGCUGUUGGUCGGCUUUACGUUGCCUAUCCCGAUCGCAAUCGAUGGACAUAUACCGGCCUCCAGGGCGCUGUCGUCCUGUCUAACGAUCUCGUGGGAAACACAUUCUGGAUCAAGCUGGUCGAUGUCUCGCCGGCUAACAGAGGCGUUAUAUGGGACCAGGAGAUCUAUGACACUUUCACCUACAACCAGGACCGAACGUUCUUCCACUCUUUUGAGCUGGAGAAUCCGCCAUGCCUCGCCGGCUUAUCUUUCGUGGAUGAGAAGGAGGCUAAGACCUUUAUGAAGAAGAUGAAUGACCGGGAAAAGAACGCGACGAAGCAAACUAAGGCCCAGCCUUUCGGCAUGAAUGCGGGUGGUGGUGCAAUGUACCAGCAGAAUGGAAGCAGUCAAAAGAGCCACAGCCGCGUGGGCAACUUCUUUCGUGGCAAUAGACACUCCUCUAACCCGCCGCCUCCCCAAGCCGUUCCUGCUCCUCAAAUGGGCCAGGUACAGCGACCGCUAAGUAGCGGUGGUAUUGAUCUGGCAGAUCCGACGUGGCGACCAAUCCUGGACGAGCUCAAGCAGAUGGGCAUCAGUGAGGAUCAGAUCAUGAACAACGCAGACUUCAUCAAGCAAUACAUUAUGCAAAAGCAGGCCGAGGAAAUGGCAAAUGGCAUUGCGUCCGCCCUGCCAGCCCAAUCUGGACGAGCCCCGCCUCCCCCUCCACCUCCAGGCCCGCCUGCUCCUAGACUGAGCCCUGAUAAUACCGGUGCAACCUCUUCCAGCAAGCGCGGACCGCCUCCUGCACCUCCUCCAUCGCGCAGACCUGUAGGAGGCAGAGAUUCGUCACCAGCUGCGGAGGAUGUUCCUGAGAGAACUCCAUCCCCAGCUGGACCGCCUCAGCCUCGAUUCCGAGCGCCACCUCCGCUAGCUGAUGCGGGUAGGUUUGCCGUCAAAGAUAGCCCAGGCGUGAGCUCGUCUGUUGGACGUCCGCGGGCGUCUUCGGGGGCCGCUAAUCCCGGCCCUCCGCCGCCCCCUCGCGUGCCGGCCAAGACCCCGAUGGAGGAGGAGAGGUCGCCCGGGUUCAAGGUGCCGCCUCCAUUCACGGGAGAGAGGAAGUCCUCAGCACCGCCGCCGCCCCCAAGUCGUGGUCCAGUUCCACCGCCUCCACCAAGCCGACAGCCUGUCAGUGCAGCACCUCCAGCGUUGCCGCCGAAAGUUCCAGACAGAGGCAGUGUCGCUCCCAGUCCGGGACCGCCUCCGCCUCCGCCUCCAUCUCGCAGUCAACCCCCUCCCUUGCCACCCGCCAACACACGUGCGGUGCCUCCACCGCCAGCGACUUCAUUCGCUCCUCCACCUCCCCCACCACCACCUCCAGCAUCGUCAGGUCCUCCACCGCCUCCACCAAUGCUAAACAUGGGUGGUCCACCGCCUCCGCCACCGCCCCCUCCGCCGGCUACCGGCGGACCACCUCCUCCUCCACCAAUGCCUUCGUCAGGUGGACCGCCACCUCCUCCACCGCCUCCGGGAGGAUCAGCUCCUCCGUUGCCCCAACCUACUGGUGGACGCAACGAUCUUCUAGCUGGCAUCCGCGCAGCUGGUGGAGGAUCUGGUGGCGGCUUGCGUAAAGUCAAGGACAGCGAAAAGCGUGACAGAUCUGCUGCGGCUGUGCCGGGUGGGGAGCCAUCUGCACCCCCUCCGCCACCAGGGCCAGGCGGAGCGCCCGCUGGUGGUGAUGCCCAAGGGGGUCUAGCUGGUGCAUUAGCAGCAGCACUGAGUCAACGGAAGAAGAAAGUUAGUGGCAGUGACGACGAGAAAGACGACGACGACGACUGGUGA